AUGGCUCAUGAGUGGUACAUGACCAAGACAAAAAUCGAUCAGCAACAGAACUCAGACGACAGCCUGGUUUGGAACUUCAUCAGCAUUUAUUCCGGUGCAUACACGAGAUUCAGUCUGAGAUGCGCGGUCAAGCACUCGGACCUUCUGACAAGCUACACCGGUUUUCAGAUAGCGGAUACCUUCUACAUCAUCUUCGAACGCCCUGAAUGUGAUCUCCGAGGCUUCAUGAGUGGAGCAAAGUGGCUUAUGCAACAGCUGAUUGGUCUUGCCGGUGCCCUCCGAGCUGUUCACGACUCUCAACUAAACAAACAUGGUAUUGGUCCCCAUGGUGUCAAGCCGACCAAGUAUAAUGCAGUCCCAGGUGGAAGACUCAGCAAAUUUUCACGGCCUCACGAUAUCUGGUCACUUGCUUAUCUGUAUCUGGAGCUGCUUGUCUGGUUUUCUGGAGUCUAUGGUUCGUAUUCGGCUUUCAUAGCCGAUGUGGAGGAGGAGGAGGAGGUCCAGGAGGCGCCGGACGCUGCCCGAGACCAACUUGAACAACCGGCAUCAAAUGAGGGCUUUUAA